UUUAGUUUUAGCUAUUGUAGCAAGCCGAUGGGUGCUCGCGAAAGGUGCCUCGCGUCUCGUGCCCGUGUGGCGAUAGAGAACACAUUACCUCGUAAUAACGUCAACGUGCCAGCUUUUCUAUCAAAUUGCCUAGGAUAUCACAAUUUAUUUAACACCUCAGCUGAAAAGGGGCUUAGUAAGAAGCUAUUAAGGUAAAAACUUGAAAGAAAACAUGGGUGGUAUUAAAGAAUAUCAGGGUCAACGGAAAAAUUGUGGCAUUUCUGAAAAAAACAGAAACACGACAGUGAACUUAAUCCCGACGUCCAGGAGCUCCUCGGUUUCUAUUCAUGAUCAGCAACAACACCAAAAACUUCAUCAAGAUACAAAAUGUGCUCAACAGGAUAACAGUCAUCAUCUGGACAUUGCAGCAUCGAGACACAAAACCCAAGAGGAAUGUUGUCGGUGCGUGAAAGGCCCUACAGUAUUGCUUUGGAUUCUGUGUGUAGUGUCUGUAAGCCUUUCAUGUCUCUUUGGUCUUAGACUCUUUCGCGUGGAAGAACGUCUGUAUUCGCUAGAGACCAAGUACAGACAACUGGAGAUGCAACACCUGAGCAAACAAGUAGAAUUAAGCGACAUAGUGAAAAAGCACAUGGAGCACGUCACGUCAGGACCCAGUCGCAUGAAAAGGGAUAUAGAGCCGUUUUUAAAAGGUUCAGAGUGGACAAAACCAGACACGGACAAGUAUUUUCCAACUUCAAAGAGGAUAAGUACGGAAUUGGCCUCAGCUGAGUGUAUUUGCCCUGCUGGUGAGCCAGGACCCAAAGGGGAGAGAGGUCGAAGAGGGAGGCGAGGCAAACAUGGUAAUCCAGGAUCACCAGGACCUGUAGGUCCAAUGGGACCAGCUGGACCACCAGGGAAACCUGGAUUUCCGGGUGCAAUUGGAAUUGAUGGGCCAAAGGGUGCUCCGGGGGAAAAAGGUGAAAAAGGAAAUAAGGGAGAUAGUGGAUUUGAUGUACAAGUAACAACAGGAGUAAAACGUUCCAUCUCUAGCCUUGAGAGUGGACAUUUGGGCUUGUCACAGAUAACCAUCAUGAAGAAACUCAAAGGAUUGGGAAUUGGAGGUAAUGUUGGCGUGGGGUUAGACCAAGAUGUCCUUCUAAUAAAGGGUGAACCUGGCGAGACUGGACCACCUGGACCUCCAGGACCCCCAGGUCCUACUGGCCUACCUGGUUUUGAUGGUCAAACUGGAAUGCCUGGUGAGCAGGGACCAAUGGGUGAAUUAGGACCACCUGGCCCACCUGGACCAGUUGGGCCAAUGGGUAAAGAUGGACUUCAAGGCCCUAAGGGAGAAAAAGGUGACAAAGGUGACCAAGGGUUAACUACAAUGUUGGAUGGCAACAAGCUCCCAACUGGGUUUAUAGAAGGUCCACCCGGCCCUCCUGGACCACCUGGACCUGCUGGACCACAGGGAAGGAAAGGAGACUCUGGAAUUCCAGGACCUCAAGGUGAUCAUGGAGAGAAAGGAGACAAAGGAGAAAGAGGCAGAAGAGGCAAGAGGGGCAAGCGAGGACGACAUGGAAAAUUUGCUGGCCGUGGGAAACGUGGUCAUGAUGGACCAAAAGGGGACAUAGGAUCACCAGGAGAAAAAGGAGAGAAAGGAGAUAUUGGAUUUCCUGGCCUUCCAGGAAAGGUUGGGUCUCCAGGUUUACCAGGUACUAAUGGAAAAAUUGGUGUUCCAGGAGUCCGGGGACCUCAUGGCCUAUCAGGCCAACCAGGGUCCAAGGGUGAUAAAGGAAAUCAGGGAGAUAUGGGUCCACCAGGUUUAUUAGGACCCCCUGGAUUACCAGGACCUCCAGGCAGGCCUGGAGAGAAAGGUGACAAAGGGAGUGGGUCACCAAUACGAUACAUACAAAAGGUUCAAUCUGGUGUGAGAGGAACAAGAGAACUUAUAAUUGGACCUCCAGGACUACCUGGACCACCUGGUCCUAAUGGCUUACAAGGACCUCCUGGAUUUAAAGGUGAAAAAGGAGUAAAUGGACAAAAAGGUGAAAGAGGUGAAAAAGGAGAUCCUGGAAGUUCUGGACCUAUGGGUUUACCAGGUCCCAUGGGACCUCGAGGCAUUUCUGGGUUUCCAGGAGUUGAUGGGAUUCCUGGAGAAAUGUUUUUCAGACUGGAAUCAUCACAAGUCUGGUCUGGAACACUUGGGUCAAUCAUCGUGGCAAGAGCUUAUGCUACUUUAACAUCUUCUUCAAGCUCCUUAUAACUCAGGAACAACUAGGACUAACCUCAUGAACAUCUAUCAGUUAAUUUUUCUGAAACAUUAGCAACAGCUUUUACUAAGGAGUUAUUUCAAAUACAAGUAUUUGUUGUCUAAUUGUGACAACAAUUACAAGUGGUGGUGGGAACAACUAUCACUAUACAAAAACAAUGACAGAUUCGUUGCUUUAACUCAGUGGCGCUUCGUCUGUUUGCUUGUUAUACAGUUUGCUUUGCCAGUAAGCAUCAUGUGUUGUUAUAUGGUGAAUUUGCUUUUUGCUUUAUCAACGUGCAUGGGGUUGCCUGCUUGUAUAUCUAUUUCUGUUUCAUCAGCUUAUGAUUUUAUAAUUUUACGUUAGUUUUAGGCUAGCAAUUUUGUAACUUCUUUUUUUAUUUCUUGUCUC